AUGUCGACCCUCGACGAUCUCCAGAGCGGCCAGGACAAUAGGGGUGAGGCUCUCGGCGAUGAGUCGGGCAGCUCCAUCUCCGGUCUGGUCAGCACUCUAGCCGUCUGCGCCCCUAUUGCCGGCGCCUACCUCGUUAUCUUCCUUAUCCUUCGCCGGAGCCAACGUCGAUUCUAUGCGCCGCGAACCUACCUUGGCAGUUUGCGUGAAAGUGAACGAUCGCCGAGCUUGCCCAGCGGCAUCUUCAACUGGUUUGCUCACUUCUGGAAGAUCCCCGACAUAUACGCUCUCAAGCACCAGUCCCUCGACUCCUAUCUCUUUCUUCGCUUCCUCCGUAUCUGCGCCACCAUCUGCUUGGUCGGCCUCAUCAUGACCUGGCCCGUCCUGUUUCCCGUCAAUGCUACGGGCGGAGGAACGGCCCAGCAGCUUGACAUCCUGACGUACAGCAACAUCGACGUGACCGUCUCCUCCGGCCUUAACCGCUUGUACGCCCACGCCCUCAUCGGUUGGCUCUUCUACGGCUUCGUCAUGUACCUCAUCAUGCGCGAGUGCAUCUUCUACAUCAACCUGCGCCAGGCCUUCUUGCUCUCCCCGACCUACGCCAAGCGCAUCUCGUCGCGCACAGUUCUCUUCACUUCGGUCCCCGACGCCUACCUGGACGAGGCCAAGUUCAAGAAGCUCUUCAGCGAGUCGAUCAAGAGGGUCUGGAUCACCGGCGACACCGAGAAGCUCGAUGAGCUCGUCGAGGAGCGCGACAAGGUUGCCAUGAAGCUCGAAAAGGCCCAAGUCAAGCUUAUCAAGCUCGCCAACGCCGCGCGCCUCAAGGCUGUCAAGAACGGCGCAUCUGCCGACAAGACCCCUUCCGCCCAGGACACCGAGUCUGGCGAUGCCGCUGCUCGCUGGAUCCCCCAGAAGAAGCGUCCGACCCACCGCCUCGGCCUGCUGGGUCUCAUCGGCAGAAAGGUCGACACAAUCGAAUGGUGCCGCGCCGAGCUUCAACGCUUGAUCCCCGCCGUCGAUGCUGCCCAAGCCGACUACCGUGCCGGGAAGUACAAGAAGAUCCCCGCUGUCUUCGCCGAGUUUUACACCCAGUCGGAUGCUCAGGCCGCGUUCCAGGUCACGACCCAUCACCAGGCCCUUCAGAUGACGCCCAAGUACAUCGGAAUCCAGCCCACCGAGGUCAUCUGGAAGUCCCUCCGUGUCUCGUGGUGGCAAAAGGUCGUCCGGCGAUACGCCGUCAUCGCCUUCAUCGCCGCCCUCAUCAUCUUCUGGGCCAUCCCCGUCACCCUUGUCGGUAUCAUCUCGCAGGUGUCCUACCUCGAGAAGGUGUCCUUCCUGACCUGGCUCCAAAAGAUCCCCGAUGUCAUCAUGGGCGUCGUGUCCGGCCUGCUUCCCAGUGUCGCCUUGGCCGUUCUCAUGUCGCUGGUCCCCGUCAUCAUGCGCCUCUGCGCCAAGCUCUCUGGCGAGCCCUCGGACUCCCGCGUCGAACUCUUCACCCAGAACGCCUACUACUGGUUCCAGCUGAUCCAGGUCUUCCUGAUAACAACCAUCUCCGGAUCGGCCAUCGCGACGAUCCAAGCCAUCGCCGAAAACCCCGGUUCCAUCUUCGGUACCCUGUCCACGGCGUUGCCCAAGUCGUACAGCUUCUACAUCAGCUACUUCAUCGUUCAGGGCAUCACCCUCGCGGUUGGCGUCUUGACUCAGGUGGUCGCUUUCGCCAUCUUCGUGGCCGUGCUCAAGUUCCUCACCAACACGCCCAGAGCGCUCUACCAGAAGUGGUCCACGCUGGCGGCGAUCUCUUGGGGAAGCGUCCUCCCCGUCUACACAACCAUUGCGGUCAUUAGCAUUACGUAUGCCAUCAUCGCACCUCUCAUGCUGUUCUUCUCGACGAUUGGUAUGGGGUUGUUCUACCUCUCGUACCGCUACAACAUCUUGUUCGUCACCGACACCAGGAUCGACACUAGGGGCCUCCUGUACCCCCGCGCCCUCAAGCAGCUCUUCGCCGGCGUUUACCUGGCCGAGAUCUGCCUGAUUGGUCUUUUCGCCGUGUCGGUCGCCAUUGGACCUCUCGUCCUCAUGAUCGUCUUCUUGAUCUUUUCCGUCCUGUUCCACCUUACGAUGAACAGCGUGCUGGACCCUCUCAUGUACACACUCCCCAGAACGCUGCAGGUGGAGGAGGAGUCUCUGAGCGCCGAGAUUGAGGGCAUGGACCGCAAGGACUCGGGCCGAGGCGUUUCGGAGGAGCAGAACGGCGACUCGAGCAACCUGUUCAAGAAGAUCCCCAACAUCAAGAAGUUCAGCCCCGGCGGCGAGGAGAACACUGUCGAGAAGGGCGGAAACAUUGUGACUCGGUUCCUCAAGCCCUGGAUCUUUGCCGACUACAUCACGCUCCGCCAGUUGGUCCCCCACGACGCGGCCACCAUCGACGAAAUGUACCCCGGCGCCAUCCAAGACAACGCCUACUACCCUCCUUCGGUCUCGAGCUUGCCUCCUUUGCUUUGGAUCCCCGAGGACUCUGCGGGAGUUUCCAAGUACGAGAUUGCGCAGACGAGCAAGAUCAUCCCCAUCACGGACGAGGGAUGCCAGCUGGACGAGAAGAACAAGCUCGUGUGGGACUCGGAGGGCGCAAGACCCCCGAUCUGGGACGAGAAGAUUUACUACUAA